AUCUCUCCCGCUCUCUCCUCUUUUCUUUUCUCUUUCUCUCUCUGUGUUCUUACAGUCACCGAGAAUGGCGGAUCCUGAUUUGGCGUCUCCCCUGAUCCAGCACCAAACAUCCGAUCAACAAGAGGUCGUUAUCUCAAUCGAUGUCGACGGCGACGACUCAGGGCUCGAUCUUCCCGCCGUAGGAAAACCCGUCUGUGAAGAAAAUCAUGACUCUCGUGUUUCACGUGGUUUUGAAUUUGACCAUCUCAAUCCAAGUAAUCCUUUCGGGUUUCUCAGCGAGGCCGAGCCUCCGGUUCUCGGUCCGACGACGGUGGAUCCAUUUCGGAACGAUACGCCUGGGGUUUGCGGACUCUACGAAGCGAUUAAGAUCGUGAUUUGCCUCCCGAUUGCUUUGGUUAGACUUGUUCUGUUUGGGGCUAGCUUAGCUGUUGGUUACUUGGCUACGAAAUUGGCACUUGCUGGCUGGAAGGAUAAACACAACCCUAUGCCUCAAUGGAGAUGCAGAAUCAUGUGGAUUACUCGGAUCUGUACCAGAUGUAUCCUCUUCUCUUUCGGUUAUCAGUGGAUACGACGGAAAGGGAAACCUGCUCGGAGGGAGAUUGCUCCCAUCGUUGUAUCAAACCAUGUAUCUUAUAUUGAACCAAUCUUCUACUUCUAUGAAUUAUCACCGACCAUUGUUGCAUCGGAGUCGCAUGAUUCACUUCCCUUUGUUGGAACUAUUAUCAGGGCAAUGCAGGUGAUAUAUGUUAAUAGAUUCUCACAGACAUCAAGGAAGGACGCUGUGCAUGAGAUAAAGAGAAAAGCUUCCUGCGACAGAUUUCCCCGCCUGCUGUUAUUCCCGGAAGGAACGACGACUAAUGGGAAAGUUCUUAUUUCCUUCCAACUAGGCGCCUUCAUCCCUGGUUACCCCAUUCAACCUGUAGUAGUUCGGUAUCCCCAUGUACAUUUUGAUCAAUCCUGGGGAAAUAUUUCUUUGUUGAUGCUCAUGUUUAGAAUGUUCACCCAAUUUCACAAUUUCAUGGAGGUUGAAUACCUUCCAGUAAUCUAUCCCAGUGACAAUCAAAAACAGAAUGCUGUGCGUUUAUCGCAGAAGACCAGUCAUGCAAUUGCAACAUCUUUGAAUGUCGUACAAACAUCUCAUUCUUAUGGGGACUUGAUGCUACUCAACAGAGCAACUGAGUUAAAGCUGCAAAACCCCUCAAAUUACAUGGUUGAAAUGGCAAGGGUUGAGUCGCUAUUUCAUGUAAGCAGCGUAGAAGCAGUGCGGUUUUUGGAUACGUUUUCUUCCAUGAAUCCGGACUCGAGUGGACGUGUCAGACUGGUUGACUUUCUUCGGGUUUUUAAACUGAAGCCUUGCCCUCUUUCAAAAGGGAUAUUUGGGUUCAUCGAUGUGGACAAGGCCGGAUCAAUCACUUUCAGACAGUUCUUGUUUGCCUCGGCUCAUGUAUCGACACAGCCACUUUUUCAGCAAAUAUGCGAGCUAUCCUUUUCCCACUGUGACGCAGAUGGAGAUGGCUAUAUCUCCAUUCAAGAACUUGGAGACGCGCUCAAACACAAAAUCCCAAACUGGAACAAGGACGAGAUUCAAGGGAUGUAUAGUUUGCUUGACGACGACAAAGAUCAAAAAAUCAGCAAGAACGACUUCUUGUCCUGCUUAAGAAGAAUUCCUCUGCUCAUAGCCAUCUUUGCACCUAACAUUGUUCCAACAUAACACAGACUGACAAAAAGAUGGCUGAGAUUUGCGAUCGGUGCGAUGAUCUAAACUUGUCUUUGUGGUAUUAUUAUUACUUUAUUGUUCUUCUAAAUUCUUUUCAGAUAAUGAAAAGAAAGAAUGUCAAAAGAGAAGGGCUGCUAAGUUUUUGGCCUAUAUCCCCACCAGGGCCAUGCCCAUGUUAAGAAAAUGAAAACAUUCGCCUACGGGCCUUUUGUGAAUAUAAUUUGUUUAUUGGGAUAUUUUGAAAUUGAAAUUUUGUUAUAGUGAUAAA